AUGGAGCAUGUUAUUUCCAUGGAGUUCGAUUCGAGGAAGGGUAUCAGAAGAGAAGCCGGUGAAACAUGCAGCGGCGCCACUGAGGAGGUCCAAACACAGAACAUUGCAAUCGAAACUACCAAGCUGGAAGAAAGGUUCAAAACAGUGAUGGAGGCUAGAAAAAAUUCAGUCAGUCAAUCUCGAACACCAAAGAUACAAAAGGUUAUAUUCUUGCUGCGAGAUCACAAGGAUUUCAAGAAGUACUUUGAGCCUCGAAUGGUAUCACUGGGCCCUAUCCAUCAUGGUAAGGAAAACUACCAGCUAGCAGAGAAGCACAAGCUUGUAUUGACAUCUGAGUUCAUUAAAGAUAGUAGCAAAACUAUACAAGAAGUAUACAAGAAGGUUGAGGAGAAUAUCAAGGAAUUGAGGGAAUGUUUUGAGGAAGAGGUGACCGAGAAAUAUGAUGAUGAGGCACUCGCUUGGCUGUUGUUCGUGGAUGGCUGUGCAAUACUACAGUACAUAUACUGUGCUACUAGUCUUAACAACAAGUUCAAGGAGCUGAGUAUAAAAAAUGAUUGUGUAGCCUUUGGACAUCAGGAUUUGUUUUUGCUUGAGAAUCAGCUUCCCUAUAGUCUCCUCGAAUGGUUGAUGAGCUUGAGUAAGAUGAAAGACGAGUUGAAAAACUCGAUUGAUAAUUUCAUUGAAAAGUUCGUUACGAGAGUAUUGAAGCAGCAACAAGGAGACAGCUGUUACUCACAGAAGUCACAAGAUCAAGCAAUAUCAGUGGAUAUUAGAGAGCCCAAGCCCAUCCAUCUUCUCGACAAACUAAGGACAAGUCUCUUGGCUAAGCAUGGCAGACGGGUUCCUAAAAUCGACCCAACGAGUCAAAACGACGAUUGGCAAUCCUAUCGCAAUGUUCAGGAGCUUCAAGCAGCAGGUAUCUACUUGAAACGCAGUAAAAAUGAUAGCUUGAGUCUGAGUGACAUAUAUUUUAGUACAUUAUUCCCUUGUUUCGGAUUUCUUUGGCUUCCUCCAAUUAAAGUAGAUGACUCAACCGGGCCCAUGUUUUUCAAUUUGAUUGCCUACGAGAUGUGCCCGGAUUUCGACAAUGAUUAUGGGGUCACCUCUUACAUAUCCUUCCUCGAUUCCCUCAUUGAUGAAGCCAACGACGUUAAGGAGCUAAGGAAAGCAGGGGUGCUCCAUAACCUUCUCGGCAGCGACCAAGAAGUGGCUCAACUCUUCAACGACAUAGGCACCGACUUGGUGCCCAACACCAAAAUAUAUUUGGAGGUCAGAUCCAGAAUACAGAAGUACUACAAGAACAAGUUCUUGACCUGGACAUCUCAAGUCAUUCACGACCAUUUCAGUAGCCCCUGGACGAUCAUAGCUUUCAUUGCCGCGCUUUUUGCACUUAUUCUCAGUACAUUACAAACUUGGUACACGGUCCCCUGGCUUAAUGAACUGUUAUAA